UGGGUUGAGCAACGUACUACUUUAUAAUUUUAGCAAUACUCAGAUUAAAUGAUCUUGAAUUUUAUUCAAAAAAAUUAAAAUGGCUAGUUUUACACUGAACCACAACGCCGCCGCCGCCUCGUAUUCUCAGACCUUUAUUUUGAAGAGUUUUAACGCCGGACUAAAACUUGAGGAAGCGGGUGUUUGCGUGCUAACAGCGCAUGUUAGCCAGUAAAUGAUAUCACCAUAAGUUUACUUUAUUAUUUGUCAUCAUUCAAGUCGUCUUGCGGCAAUGGAAAUUCUCGGGACAACAGAGAAAACAAUCGACCCAGGCCUCCCUCUGGCAUCUCUCCGUCUCCUGGUGCCCCCACUGCAGCUUCUGUCUGCUGCUAUGUGGCAGCUGGCAAAGCAGAAAGAUGUCAUGAAUUACGACAAGCUGCAGGAGUUUGUGUUCAUGGUAACGGAGGCAGUUCCUGGCCUGAUCAACCACAGGCAGAGAGCUCAGCUCAUCUUGGGUCUGAGAGCAAGGUUGGUUCUGGAGUGGUGCAAAGGUUCUGACCGAGGUUCUGUUGAUUCUCAGCUGAUCCAGAACUAUUUAGAACAACUCCCAAUCACCUCAGAUAGCUCAGAUGCUGAGGUGAAAACAAUCGAGUACACAUUUAUUGCACUCGUUCAGAGCUUGCUGAAAGAUCCGGCAGAGAGAGCGUACUUCUUUCAGGAGAUUUUCCCGGUGGAAUAUGGGACACAAUAUGAUGCAGCCCUGCUGGUGUUAAUGUGGGAGUUUCUCUCCAAACUGGAAAAGAUGCUGCCGGUUCCAGACCUCAAACAGACUGCUGCCUGGCUCGCAUCGACUCCUUCUGCCUUGGAGGAAUGUGUUCAGUCGUCACCUGCAGAGUUGAGCUUGAUCUUCCAGCAGUUCAUGAAUGCGGGGAUGCUAAAAAUACCUCAUGGACCUUCCUCCAACAUCGGCAGCUGCAUCAUGUCGGCUUUAUCCAUCCCUCCCUCACAAAAGCCCAACAUCUCAGUUGGACUGGGAUCCAUCCACAGCUACGCCAGCAUCAUCUCGGACCAGUACAGCAUUGUCGCCGUUUACACCGAAGAGGAAGCCGAAGGAGACGGUGCUGUGUUUGAGUCAGCCGAGGUCCAAGUCCACGCAGAUUUCUGCGAAAACGAAAUUGUGACUGUAACACUAGAGGACGCCGCCGUCCAGGAGUGUGUCGGCUCCAGCGUGGAGGCAACAGGUGAAGCUGUGGACGUGGCCAAAGCGCUGGAAACUCUGACAAGAACGUUUGCUCUAAGAAAGGAGAACAUCAGUCAGGACGGACUCACAGGAAAGAACAGUGAUGCAGCGAAUGACGAGAACACAAACGACCAACUGGAGAUCUGUUUUCACGCCGAAGAUCUGAGCGAAGCCACGGAAGAAGUGAAGGGUGAUUCCACCGCUCCUGAAGAUCCAGAGAGUCAACUCAUCUCCUCUGUGACAGAAUUCACAGACAACUAUGAAUCCCCCACACAAGAAAAAGUGACAGAUGACGACAGUGAUGCCCCGGCCUCCGAAUCACGGGAAACUUCCAGCCCUGUCAACAUCCGCAGGUCUUCACGUCUCAAAGUCAAGACUUCACAUGGUUGGCAGGAGGUGCAAACAUGCAAGAGAACAGCAAAGGAGGUGCAGCUCUCUCUGCCGGAACUUUCAGAAAACGCAAUGAACAAAGAAGGUGUGUCAGUUGCUCCCACUGUGAUUGCAAUCAAAGGACUGGACAAAGGUGACUCGGAAGAAACGACUUCCAUCAUCUUCACCUGCUCACAGUGUCCCUUCCACAGCUCUCCUGCAAACAGCCCUCCUCACUUCCAUAUGCAGAGCAUUCCAACAGAGGAGUACAAAGCUCUGUCAGGGGCCAAAGUCACGCCGUCCCCUUGUAGCACUGAUGAAAUCUUUACAUCCAUCAAACUCUUCCCUAAAGAAAGCCAACAGCAAAUCAGAGCGCAGGUGUCGGAUGACAACAAAAGUCCAGCAGACGUUGCAGAGCCGCAGGACAAACACAAGGGUCUCAUAUGUGAGACGUGUGGCAAGACAUUCACGCGUACCUCAGACGUUAGGAGACACCAGCUCACCCACACUGGAGAGAGACCCUUUCAUUGUUCUCAGUGCGAGCGAACCUUCCAGCACUCGUGGGACCUGGCGAAGCACGAGAGCAAAGAUCACGGCGUGCCCAUCUCUUUCUCCUGCCCACUCUGCCGCAGCAGCUUCACCAACCUCCGUGCUUUGACUAUGCAUCACAAGAAGUCCCACUCCCAGGAGAGUCAACUCCCUCACAUCUGCUCCAUCUGCAGCAAGAGCUUCGUGAGUUCCGCUGAGUUCCUGGAACACAGGAAGUCCCACGUGAGCAGCAAAUGCUACAUUUGCCGGCAGUGCGGCGAAGGCUUUGACUCUGUGCUGGCACGAUCCCAGCAUCGGCAGGUGCAUCAGGUGAAGCACCCUUUUAAGUGUCCGCACUGUGAGAAAGCCUUCACUCGGAGGUCUGACGUGAAGAGGCAUUUGUCCACUCACACUGGGGAGUGUCCUUACCAGUGUAACCACUGCAGUAAACGAUUCGCCCUGCGCUUUAUGCUAACAAAACACAUGCGUGUUCACACAGGCGAAAGGCCUUUCCAGUGCUCCCACUGCCCAAAGAAGUUCACUUUGGUGUCAGUGCUUGCCAGACAUGAGAGAAUGCACACGGGGGAGAAACCUUACCUCUGCUCCCAGUGUGGGAAGGGAUUUAUGUCUCAAGGGGAACUUUCAAAACAUCAUCGGUCACACGUGGAUGAAAAACCAUACUCCUGUCCUCAGUGCGAUAAACGUUUCAAGACCAAAAAAACCCAGCAGGAACACAUCGUUUCCCAUAGUGGAGUUCGACCGUAUCCCUGCACCUACUGCGGGAAGGGCUUUGCCAAACCGUACGCACUAACCCGACACAACCUCAUACAUACGGGGGAGAGACCGUUUUCCUGCGGACACUGCGAAAAGUCGUUCCUGACGCUUUCUGAGGUGCAGCUUCACGAGAGGAUCCACACCGGGGAGAGACCAUAUCCCUGCAACAUCUGUGACUUCAAAUUUAAGAGUUCAUCGGAGUUGGCGCGUCACAAACGUACACACUCGGGCACAAAGCCAGCCAAACUGCAGUGUGAGCAGUGCACAACAUGUUUUACUUCCAGGAUUAAGCUUGAAAGACACAUGGAGAGUCACAGGGAGGACGGAGGAGCAGCUGAGUUUGAUCAAAAUGACACUUCAGAUAUUUCAGCUUUAACAAAUUAAACAACUUGUGGUUUGUGGAUAGUUGUAUUCAACAUUUGGGAGACCUACUGUAACAUAGGUUGUUAAUGUUGUUAGACACAAAUAAUAAUAGGAUUUUUUUUUCCAGUGUUACUGUAUCAUGUUCUUUUUGACACUGGGAAAUAAAUCCAGUUCAUGUGAGUUGUUGAAGCAUUGCUUUGUCUUUUACUGAUACAUUUAUUCUUGAGAGAAAGAGAAGCUGAAGAGAGAAAAUCUGAACACUCUAAACAAUUCAUACCGUCAGUUAUCCUAAUCCUAUAGUCAAUACAGAGUCUAAUAUUUUAUAAUCAAAAUGAUAAAAAUGAUCUAAAUUAUAAAAUUUGGCAAAACAUUGUUGAAACGUGAAUAACCUAAAUAAUCUUUCUCUGUAAAUUAAAAACACCUCAGAAUUUAAAUAAAAAUCCCCUGUGGCCUAAACACAGCAAAGGCUGUAAAAUGAGACUAGAUUGCACACACAUUUCUGACCCCACCCAUCUGUCUGGGUAUCCCCUUGUGGCCAUUAUGUGGCAAUAAUGGGCAUCCUAAUAAAAACGAGUCAUUUUAAUGUGUUUAAUUAACCGAGAGUCUUUGGUUAGCCCUGAAUGGAGGAGCGGUUGUUGAAAAGGAAGUCACCACAGAACAGGAAUUACCAGGAUUAGAAUGGUUUCCCAACACCAGUGACCCACAAAAUCCCAUCAGUCAGUGAUUUAAAUUAGAGUCUAAGUGUCUCAACAGAUGGUUCAAAAAUCAUAACCAUUUGGAAUAAAGAAAAAAUGCAGCAAGAAAUAACAGUUUUAGGAAUAUAAAAAAGAACCAGAGUUUUGUAAAGAUGGCCAUGAAAAAAUCUAUCACUUUUUUAUGAACUCUCAAGUCAGAAAUAAUAAGUAUGUAAACUAAAAGAAUAGACAAAUGAUUAUUACAAUCAAAGGUUAAAAGGUCA